AUGAAUCACUCUCUUACUGUUUUUAAACAGCUAAAACGUUUUCCCGGUUUACGUCAUUUGGCAAUAGGUCUGUUCGAUAAUGAAAAGCUUGUUGUAACACACAAAAGCGCCGGUGUUGACGUUGAUUUGGUUAAUUAUAAUACACCUGGAGUUUAUUUUGCAGCUUAUAAUCAAGAUGGAUUUGUUUUAAACACUGGUACCAAGGUGGUUGGACCAUGUGUUGCUUUCCCUCAAUUCGCUCUUAGCUGGAAUGUGAAAGAUGCUUUGGAUAUUUCAGAAGAGUCCUUAUCUUUACUUUUCAUGCUGGAGCCUCCACUUGAGGUUCUCAUAAUUGGUAAAGGAGAAACAAAAAGUCCAGUUGAUUACCGUAAAAUACUGAAAAUAUGCUGGGAACAUCGUCUACCUGUGGAAGUUAUGCCAACACAUCAUGCAAUAGGAACGUUUAAUUUUUUAAAUUCAGAAGGUCGAUAUGUUGCUGCCGCGGUUAUUCCACCACGUCGUUUAGAUAUUUAUGAUGAAGCUGAUCAAAAAGCUAGACAUUUAUUAUUAGAAAGAGAAAAUCAAGAAUCAAAUGAUGAAACACAAUUAUUGAAUUCAACUAAUUCAACUAAAUUGCUGCUGAAAUCAAAUGAUUUUAAAGGAGAAAUUACUGUUUCACGUUCACCGUUGAUAGGUUCCACUCCACUAAAUAAUCUUUUUGAAGUUUUUCUCCAAAAUUUCCAAUGUUGCAUUACGACGGAUUACCGUUUGGUGUCAUCAUUUUCCACUGAAAUCGCCAAUAAGAAAUCAAUAAAUCAAGAGGAUCCUGUCAAUGUACAAUGGGAAUCAGAAAAACCUAAACGUAUUUGGCCUAAUCAAUUACCUCCAUUGAUUGAAGCUGUUACACCGCCUUCUUCAACAACUGUAGCAGCUACUUCAAAAGAACCAUUGAUUAAAGGUUUUUUCAAAGGUCAAGUUAAUCUAGAAUUAUUUGAAUUUUUAGAAUUAGAAACUAAACAUCAAGUAGAAAGUUUAGAUAUGAUGCAUAAUCAAAUCAAACAAUUUAUACUUAAAAUGGAUAGUUAUGAAAUUGAUCGAAAUUGUAAUCUAUCCAAAGAAAUGAUACGUAGUCUCAAUGAAUUUGGUCUACUCGCUUUAGGCAUAGAUAAAGAAUAUGGUGGUCUUGGUUUUAAUACAACUCAAUGGGUGAGAGCAUGUGAAGCAAUCGGUUUAGAUGGAUCGAUAUGGGCUACAAUCACUGCACAUCAAUCAUUAACUGCUAAAGUUUGUACAUGUUUUUUUUCUUGGUCAACAUUUCAAUAUUGA